UCACCAGGAAUGCUCGAUUCACGCGGAUGACAACACGGCCGUCUCCGUCACAUUUACACGAUCAGACCGAACUGGUUUUUCUAACCCGCACUGGAUUUAGUCUGCUUUUGGGAUCUUGUCUGCUGCCGGUUUUUAAGCGCGUGCGUGUCGGCGUUCUGGAUCUCAGACAAAGAGCGUCCACAGAGUCGAGUGAAGACUCGGAGAAACCGUUAUGGCCUCUAUUCGCUUAAACGGAUUGGACCAGCUGCCGGAAAACGGGAGUGUAUCGCGAACACCGGAGCCUCAGACCCCGAAGCUGCUCUCUCAGGUGGACACCGCUGUGCUGCCGUUCCUCGGAGGCUUCGGUCGCUUCCAGAAGCGUCUUGUGGUUCUGACAUGGCUUCCUGCGCUGCUCAUCGCCUUCGGUCAGUUCUCGGACUAUUUUCUCCUCGCGCAACCCGAGAGCUCGUGCGCCCACCAGAGCGAUCAGGCACGAAACGGGAGCGGCGUGAGCGCGAGCCCCUUGCCGCCUGGUCUGUUCGGUAACGCGACCCUCGCCGAGAGCAGCAGCAGCGCGCGGUGCAAAUGCGCUGAACCGAGGUUCGAGCUCCAGCUAGGACUGCAGCAGAACGUGGUGACCAAGUGGCAGCUGGUGUGUGAUGAGGAGUGGAAGGUCCACAUCGCUAAGUUCUCAUUGCUGGUUGGCUCCAUAUUUGGUUACCUGCUGAUGGGGGCCAUGGCGGACUGGAUAGGUCGUAUUCCGGUGCUGCUUGUAUCGGUGUUGUCUGUGCUCGUGUUUGGCUUGUGUGUGGCCUUCUCUGUGGACAUGGCCAUGUUUAGUACUCUGCGCUUCUUUCAGGGCUUUUGCCUCGCUGCGAUCAGACUCUCCCUCUAUGUGCUGAGGAUUGAGCUGUGCUUGCCCGCUUGGCGCUUCUCCAUGACGAUGGUUGCCAGUCUGGUGGUGGUGGGCGGGCAGCUGUUGAUGCCGGGUUUGGCAGCUCUGUGCAGAGAUUGGGAGAUUCUUCAGGUCAUCAUCAUUGUUCCAUUCGUCCUAAUGCUUCCUUACAUUUGGGUUUUUCCCGAGUCACUGCGUUGGUUGUUGGCUACGCAGCACUAUCACAGAGCAAAGAGGCAAAUGUACUCCAUUGCCCGAAGUAACAUGGUGGACACUGCGACUGACCCUAAUGGAAUUCUCUCAGAGCUGGAGCGCGAGCUGCAGCAGAAUCCCAGAACCUCCUGUAUCACACAGCUGAGAAGCACACGAAACCUGUGGAAGAGCACUGUAGUGCUCUGUGUCAACUCGCUGACCGGCUAUGGUAUCCACCACUGUUUUGCACGCAGUGUUCUGGAGGGCAGCACCUCUCACCUGCACUAUUUUGCUCUGGCAGGCAUCGCCAUGGCCUCGUGUUUGGUGCUUUGUCCAGUGGUGGCAGCAUUCGGCAGACGAGGCGGCCUGCUCACCUUCAUGAUCAUCACAGCACUGGCCUCAUUACUGCAGCUCGGCCUGCUCAGCUUAAUCGGAAAGUACAGUCUUCGGCACAAUGCAGUUCUCAGGGACACGCUAAAUCAGCGGUUCUCUGCGGCGUUUUCCAUCAUCGGAAUGUUCUCGUCUCAUGCCGUCAGCACACUAAGUAUCUUCUACUGCACAGAGAUCACACCUACAGUCAUCAGGGGUGGAGGCGUAGGUUUGGUCCUGGCUAGCGCAGGGUUCGGCAUGCUAACUGCUCCACUUAUUGAACUUCACAACCAGAAAGGCUUCUUCCUUCACCAUGUCAUCCUCACAUGCUGCACUCUCCUCUGCAUCAUUUGCAUUCCAUUGCUGCCUGAGACCACCGGCCAACCGCUGCCCGAAUCUCUGGCUGAAGGCGAGGGGCUUUUGCGCAGGCCCCUCCUCCCUGGAGAGCAGCACCACCUUCUGGCCAGGCAAGAGGUCAGGGAGUACUCUCGCGUUCAGGACACGCCUCUUCAUCAGGUCGUCAAUCCCAGCAAUACCACAGCGCCUAGUAACAGCACAGCGAACGGAGUGAGGACUUGACUGUGUGCGUGUGAUGCAUGAAUCACAGCCAGCCAAAGGCCAUAUGAAGAACAGCGGCAACGAUCUGAUUGGCCCGCAAGCACAGAGAUGCAUCAUGAGGUUACAAGCACUAAGAUUUCCUAGAGCAUUUUAACCAGUGAAUGAUGUCAAAACUACUGACUACUCAUAAUGUGUCAAACCUCUUAAUCCAGGAGAUAUGGAUGUGAAUGUUGUGAAAAUGAAUGUUGACGUAACUUCACUCGAGCAAUGAAUGGAAGUCUAUUUUUCAAAUGACCACUAAGUUCAGGCUGAUGUUGGCAAACUGUCAAGUUGCCUCACAGUUUUUGUUUUCUAUAGUUUUGUACUGUCCAGGAAAAAAAAACAAUCAUGUUACUCUUAAUUUG